CCCUUUGAAGCAUUAUUCUAGGCAGGCAUCGUUUGCAUCAAGAUAGAAUUAGACAUUAUUAUAAAAUAAAAAAAAUAAAAGCUUUUUAAGUGGACCAAACAUGCAAAAAUACCAAAAUGCAAGGGCAUAUGUACAAAUACUCACAAAUUUCACCAAUGCUAUUUGUAUGGCAUUGAUGAAUCAACAAAGAAGACACUCAGAGGAGAGCUGUUUGUCCUGUUUCAGCUUUUGGUCUCCUCUCUCUCCACCCCUAUAUAUACUCAUUACUCAUUUUUCCAAAUUUUUCUGAAACCCUCUCUUUCUCUCUCUCGCGAUUUGAUUCGACUCGACUUGAAUCAAUCGAUAAUACGCUUCAGCUUCAUAUAACGGUUGUGACCUGUUGUUUGUGAAAAUGGCGACUGGAGCUGUUCCAGCGUCGUUUACGGGACUGAAGAGCAGGGACCAUGGCUUAGGAUUUGUGAAAAGCAUGGAUUUUGUGAAAGUUUGUGACUUGCAGCGGGUUAAGUUUCGUCGAACCAAGGUAUCAGUGAUUAGAAACUCGAAUCCUGGCUCUGAAAUUGCUGAACUUCAGCCUGCAUCAGAAGGGAGCCCUUUAGUAGUUCCUAGGCAAAAGUAUUGUGAAUCCAUACAUAAAACUGUCAGGAGGAAAACCCGUACAGUGAUGGUUGGGAAUGUGGCUAUUGGAAGCGAGCAUCCUAUAAGAGUUCAAACGAUGACCACAACAGACACCAAGGAUGUUGAUGCAACAGUUGAACAGGUGAUGAGAAUAGCUGAUACAGGAGCAGAUAUUGUUCGGAUAACGGUGCAAGGGAAGAGAGAAGCAGAUGCAUGUUAUGAAAUUAAAAACUCCCUUGUUCAAAAGAAUUAUACCAUACCUCUGGUGGCAGACAUUCACUUUGCCCCCUCUGUUGCAUUGCGAGUUGCUGAAUGCUUUGACAAAAUUCGUGUCAACCCUGGAAACUUUGCUGAUAGGCGAGCUCAAUUUGAACAGCUGGAGUAUACAGAAGAUGACUAUCAGAAAGAACUUGAGCAUAUCGAGCAGGUUUUUACUCCGUUGGUUGAGAAAUGUAAGAAAUAUGGAAGGGCAAUGCGCAUUGGAACCAACCAUGGGAGCCUUUCAGAUCGUAUCAUGAGCUACUAUGGGGAUUCUCCUAGGGGAAUGGUAGAGUCUGCCUUUGAAUUUGCAAGAAUUUGUCGGAAGUUGGACUUCCAUAAUUUCCUCUUUUCGAUGAAAGCAAGCAAUCCAGUUGUGAUGGUCCAGGCAUACCGUUUGCUUGUAGCUGAAAUGUAUGUUCAAGGAUGGGAUUAUCCAUUGCACUUGGGAGUUACUGAAGCUGGUGAAGGUGAGGAUGGACGGAUGAAAUCUGCAAUUGGCAUCGGAACCCUUCUUCAGGAUGGUUUGGGUGAUACCAUCAGGGUCUCCCUUACGGAACCUCCAGAAGAGGAAAUAGACCCAUGUAGAAGGCUGGCUAAGUUUGGUAUGAAAGCAGCUGAACUUCAGCAAGGGGUGGCUCCAUUUGAAGAGAAGAACAGGCGGUACUUUGAUUUCCAACGCAGAACUGGUCAAUUACCAGUACAAAAGGAGGGCGAAGAGGUGGAUUAUAGAGGCGUGCUGCACCGUGAUGGCUCUGUUCUCAUGUCUGUUUCCAUGGAUCAGUUGAAGACACCUGAACUCCUCUACAAAUCACUGGCAGCUAAGCUUGUCGUCGGCAUGCCAUUUAAGGAUCUAGCAACUGUGGACUCAAUCUUAUUGAGAGAACUUCCACCAGCAGAUGACAAUGAUUCUCGGCUAGCUCUCAAGAGGUUGAUAGAGAUUAGUAUGGGGGUUAUAGCUCCUUUGUCGGAGCAACUGACGAAGCCAUUACCCAAUGCCAUGGUCCUGGUAAAUCUCAAGGAAUUAUCAUCUGGUGCUUACAAGCUUUUGCCAGAAGGUACGCGCUUGGUUGUGUCUGUUCGCGGAGAUGAGCCUUAUGAAGAUCUGGAUAUCCUUAAAAAUGUUGAUGCCACAAUGGUUCUUCAUGAUCUACCUUAUACAGAGGACAAAAUCAGCAGAGUUCAUGCUGCUAGGAGGUUAUUUGAGUUUCUUUCAGAGAAUGCUCUGGACUUCCCUGUAAUUCACCAUAUACAGUUCCCCAAAGGAAUCCACAGGGAUGAUUUAGUCAUUGGUGCUGGUAGCAAUGCAGGAGCCCUUUUAGUUGAUGGUCUUGGAGAUGGCGUUCUAUUAGAAGCCCCAGAUCAGGACUUCGAUUUUCUUAGAAACACGUCUUUCAAUUUGCUACAAGGUUGCAGAAUGCGGAAUACAAAGACGGAAUAUGUCUCAUGUCCAUCCUGCGGUAGGACUCUAUUUGACCUUCAAGAGAUUAGCGCGCAAAUAAGAGAGCAAACAUCACACUUGCCUGGUGUUUCUAUUGCCAUCAUGGGUUGCAUAGUAAAUGGACCUGGGGAGAUGGCUGAUGCAGAUUUUGGGUAUGUUGGUGGUGCUCCAGGAAAGAUUGACCUUUACGUUGGGAAGAUGGUGGUAAAGCGGGGAAUUGAGAUGGAGCACGCAACUGAUGCCUUGAUCCAGCUUAUAAAAGAUAAUGGCCGAUGGGUAGACCCGGCUGCAGAAGAAGAUUAAGAUUGGGCAAUACAAUUGGCAUAUAUGGGAAUAAAAAUGUGGCCAAAAUGGAGGUAUCAUCAUCAUACAAAUUGUUGUUACUUGUAUAUGAGGGUUCUGCAUAUCUGAGGGGUUAAUGCUGCACUGUAAACACAGCAGUACCUUAUGAAUAAUUUUGCCCCAGAAGGGCUGCAACACAGACUUGCAAUGGAUGCAUGGUAUGUUAUUUGUCGUAGCAUUAUACAUGUAUUGUUGUUACUCUCAAAUGAAAGAACACAACACUUGCAGUUUUUUCUA